AAAUGUGUAGAACAGUUGUCAGCACAAGAGCAUUUCAAUUCCUCAGACACGACAGAGGAAAGCAGAGUGGGAAUUGAACAAUCAGUACAGAAGUUUAUAGAUUUAGCUAGAGAAACUGAAUAUUUUUUUCUCAAUAAGCGAUUAGUGUUAUCCACACAAAAACCAGAGCAAGUUUUGAAAGAGGAUAUUCAAGAAUUGAAGAAUGAAAUUGAAAGGAAAGAGAAAUUGAUUGAUAAACAUCAUGAAAGAUUACAGAACUGGCAAAAUAGAUUACAUAAAAUUCCUGGUAAUGGAGGUCCACAGCCAGGAGGUGCUGGUCACCCCCAGCAACCUCAGGGUCCACCGCCUCCUCACCCUAGUAUGAUGCAUCAACAACCACCACCUCAGUUUACAGUCCCAGGGCCCCCGGGUCAUCCUGGACCCCCAGGACAACAACCAUUUGUACUGCCCCCACCACCUUCAUCAUCAUAUCCAUUGGCAUACCUCAAACAGAAUUUAUCAAAUAUUGGAAUGGGAGAAAGGAGAUGA